AUGAUCCGGUCUUUUACUUUCACCGUAAGAAAUAGAAUUUACCUAUAUUUUCAAGCGAAAUCUAAAACCUCGGAGGAAGCACUUAUUUUUAUAUUUUCGGAUUCUUUUGUCGACCUGAUUUGGGAGCUAUGGCGUCAGAUGCGUCAGUCACGUUGGUCUAGAGAGCAAGAGUAUCCACCUGAUCUGAUCCAAUGUUCAAAUCAACAACAUUUUGCUAAUUCACAGAUGAGGCCUUUUGAUCUCACCAAUCGAGAUGGCCUUUCUAACGCUUAUACAGAUUCUCUCUAUAAAUAUGCAAGGAGACCGAGUUGCAGCCAACAAGUGAAGAUUGGCGGACUUUGCACUGGUUUUGACGGCUUUAAUAUCUGCUGGGGUGGAGUUUGUCAAGCAGGUCUUUGUAUACAUGGAUCACCACCUCCACAACAAAUUCGGUUGCCACAAUCAAAUAGUUUGUCCCAUAGUAACGGUCAUUCAUUUGCCGAAACUUUUCAAAAUGCGAUUGGUGUUAAACCCCGUACUCAACAACGUCUUGCUCUACGUCAGCAUCAAACAACUUCUACUGUAAUAAAAGGUCGUUUUAUAAAUGCUACUUCAACCGGAUGUUUCAACGAUGAUCCUUGCUGCUCAGCCUGGGGCCGUUUAGGUGAAUGUGAAGCCAACCCGUCCUUUAUGCUUAAAUAUUGUCGAAGAGCAUGUCGACAAUGCGCACCAGUGGUUGAGUCUAAAGGCGAGUUCUGUUUUUAG